AACCCACGCAGCUGCGCGGUGAGCACAAAGCGAACUAUUCUUUCGCCUUUUACUAAAGAAUACCGUGUGCGCGCCGCAAUUAGCAGCAUACGCUAAUUUUUGGAGGGAACCGACUCUUCUGAGGAGGGAAGUUUCUCGUUUUGUUUUUGUCUGCUCUCCUCCUGACCGAAGGGAAGGAUAUGGAAUCAUCUGAUGCUGGGCAUUUUUUUUCUUUUUAUAACGCUUCCUCUGUUUUUUCAUUGGAUGGGACGGUUAGGAUUUGUUGUACUUCUCAAUCCAAUGAUGAUGAAUUAAUGUAUGACGUGGCUCAUCUUAGGUGACAUCUCAAGAUUAACUUUUCACUAAUGUAGAUGAGGCCGAGAAGGCGAAAAGAAGUUGUUGGGUUCCGAGGAUUAGGCCCACAUAAGACGUAAGCCCACUUCCAAUCUUCCAUUCCUUCCACCUCUUCCGUCACCACGCCGCCGCAGCCGCACGCGCAGCGCAGGGGAAGAAGAAGAAGAAGAAGAAGAAGCGGAAGGCCUCGUGCAGGAUGCAGGCGGUGAGAACCCUGGUGCUGCGGCACCUGCGUCUUGCCUGCCGCCGCGCGCCGCCCUCGGCUGCUGCCUGUGGUGGCGCGAGGCCGGCGGUGUACCGCGUCGUCGGCGUCGCCCCCGGCCACCGGGGGAUGGCCGCGUCGGCGGGCCAGGAGGGUGGGCCGCCGCGGGAUUUCUCCGAGGGCGCUGUCAGGGCGCGCGUCGUCGAGCUCGUCAAGAAGUUCGACAGGAUCGACGCCGACAAGGUAACUGAGACAGCAGAUUUCCAAAGGGACCUGAGUUUGGACAGCUUAGAUCGGGUGGAACUCGUCAUGGCCUUUGAGCAAGAAUUCUCCGUUGAAAUUCCUGAUGACAAAGCCGACAAGCUUUCCUGCUGCGCUGAUGUUGCAAAAUACAUCAUAUCUGAAUCCCAAUCCAACAAAAGUAACGCUGGGAGCAUUUAAAUUGCAAGCCAUCACAAAGCAGAUUUUUUGCGCCCCUUGAAUCUCAGCCACAAACGGCAUUUCUAUUUUAGAUAAUGCCACAAAGGGAACUUUUGUUGCCAUUUUUGAUUAUGUUGUAGCUCCAACUAUCAAGUCAAAUGCAUCAGAGCUUUAUGUAGUGAGAAUAUUUGUCGAUGACUGAAUUACUGAUACUUGUUAUAUGCAAGGUUUCAACCGUUAAUCAUGGUUGAUGUUUAUUAUAACUUUAGUAGCAAAUUGAGUUUA